AUGAGGCAAGCAGGAAUCUACUCCGGAAUUCUCUGUGGAAAGAACGGCCCUCACUCUCUUCCCCUAUCAAGAAUAAAGAAGAUAAUGAAACAGUCAGGUGAGGAUGUGAAGAUGAUUUCCUGUGAAGCUCCACUUGUUUUCGCCAAAGCCUGCGAGCUCUUCAUCGAAGAGCUGACGGCAAGAGCCUAUAAGGUUACCAUGCAGGGAAAGAGGAGGACUCUUCAGAGGGAGGAUAUCGCUGCCGCCGUCACCGCCACCGACCUUUUCGACUUUCUGCUUGAGAUGGUUUCCGCUUCCGUCAUCAACGACGGAAGGACGACCACAGAGAGCACUUAG